GUACAGCACGUAACGAUGCAUUAGCGUUGAGGAUUUGACAUAUGCAGAACUGUACGUUUCUUCAAUUCUAAAUUUAAUUUCCUGCUCUUUUUUUCGAGUCUGACCUCAUGAUGGUGAACUGCAGGUUUUGUAUGUUAAUGGUCAUGGUGGUAUGAGAUCGUUGAACCAAGGUAUUGAAGCGGUGCUAGCUGCCAAAGCUGCCAGAUUUAGAAUUCAAGAUUUGUAGCUGAAUAGUACUUUGGGAUGUUACUUUGAGAAUGAGUGGAGUUUAUCACGUGUACUUUGCGUUGGUACUUGCUGCUUUGAUUCGCGUCCCAGGAACUUCUGCUUAUUUCUACGGUGCAGAUUACUGGAAUCUGCGAUAUGGAGCGCAUGGAAUCAACUAUGAAACAGGUUCUGAUAUGUUCAACGGCCUUUGGUCGGCGGCGUCCAGUCUUAGUGGGGGCUACGGACGGCCAACAUCAGACUAUAGUGCAAGGUCUUGCACCUGUACCUGUAACGAGAUGGCAAUGACGGUAGAUUGCACAGGGACAACCUCAGUGACUCUGAAGAACUACAUCUUUGAUAAUGUGACCAUCAACACUUUCCACCCCGACACUACAGAGAUAACUAUUGUUGGGAAUGCCAAGAAUGUUGACAGGGAUGCAUUCCGGCUUCUGACCAAGCUCACAAAAUUGACAAUUCACAAUACAGGAAUGUCAGUCUUUCCAGAUUUGUCCAACUGUACAAGUUUAGAGGAGCUAGAUCUAACCAGGAACAAUAUUAACCUUUCUCCGUCCACCUACAAGGUCAUCACGUUUCCCAACACCUUGAAGCGAGUGAGUUUGAUGGAAAAUAGCAUCAAUUGGCUUCCAUCUGGGUUUUUCUCUGGGACCAGAAUUGAAUAUCUUGGUCUAAGCAUGAACUCACUGGCGUCAUUUCCUAGCGAUUCUCUACAAAACAUGAAGAAUCUCACCUUCCUGUCACUGGAUGCUAACCAGCUCACGUCAGUCUCUAAGAGAAACCUUCUUGCUCUGGUGCCAUCCCAGAUUCAACACCUCAACCUAAGCAAUAACAUGAUCAGCUACAUCGCACCCAAGGCACUGACUCAGUUGAAGCUGCUGAAGAUUUUAGAGUUACACAGGAAUUUUCUCACAGAUCUUCCAUCGCAAACCAUCGAUAAUAUUCCCCAGCUGUUGCACUUGGAUCUGAGCUACAACAGGUUACAGGUCCUAAGAGCUAAGGCUGUGACAAAUCUGCCGUAUCUCAGAACUUUGAUUUUACACAAUCAAGAGGAUGGUUAUGAGUUGGCGAGUAUUCAGUACAAUGCAUUCUCAGGAAUUGGAGGAAACUUGACAGAGUUAUAUCUGAGUUCCAAUGCUCUGCCCUACUUCCCUCAUGCCGUCCUGUCUGAAGAAACUUACAACCGAGUAGUGGACCUGCACAUCGAUAAUAACAUGAUCACCAACAUCACAGAGUUUAACAUUGACCAGUUUUCCAAUGAUCCAGUGUUGUACAACUACAAACAAACAUUGCAUGAUCCGUUCUCUAAGCUACUAAGCGUCAACAGACUUUACUUGCAAAGUAACAGCAUCCAAGGAAUAAACCUGGAGGAUCUGUGUCAGAUGAUGGUACUCAGGGAACUCGAUCUCAGCUCUAAUCAGCUGACAGUGACCACAUUGGAUGACCAUGCCUUCCAGUGUCUGACCUAUCUUACCACACUAUAUUUGAGCAACAAUCACUUCCAGUAUGUUCCACCUGCUGUGCAAUUCCAAGAGCGAGUCCAAAGUCUGCAGACUCUGAGUUUGACUGGCAAUGACAUAACCUAUCUUCUAAGCGGAGCAUUCUCAAACGUCACAACAUUGGCCACUCUGUAUUUGUCUAGUAACCAUAUCAUCUCUGUUGAGAAUGGCGCAUUUCCCGAAAACAUCAAUUACAUUGGAAUGUCUGGUAAUCAGUUCUACUUCUUACAUGAGAACCCAUUCACCAAUCUAUCAUCUCUGAGAACCCUUGAUUUGGCAUCCAAUGAGAUUGAUGUUAUACCAGACACUGCAUUUGAUGGCUGUACAGAUUUGUCGUACGUCGCUCUUUCAAGCAACAAGAUUGGACGGAUUCUUAUCACCACAUUUGAGGAUUGCCCGUUAUCUAGCAGCUUACACCUGUCUAACAAUGAGAUAGCUUACAUUGAGGAUGGGGCAAUUGCUCAUGUGACAUCCACCAGCUCAAUUACCCUGCAUAAUAACCGACUGACAAAGAUUCCAAUGGGAGGAACAUUUGUUAAUCUCACUCUCUCGUAUUUAUUCCUGAGUGGAAAUAAGAUUAUUGAAGUCAAAGCUGGGGCCUUCCAGAAUUUUCGAGCCUCGAAUACACUGUCUUUGCAGAAUAACGACAUUGCACACAUUGAGCCCUAUGCAUUAAACUCAGUGUCGGGCGGAAACCUGUAUUUGAGUUCCAAUCCUCUACAAACCAUCAGUUCUUACUCCUUCAACGAUGUUUCCUUCACUACAAUUGAUCUUCAGUCCAUACAACUGACAACCAUUCCAUCGUAUGCGUUUAAUGGAGUCACAGCCUCAUUAUAUUUUCACCUUCAGUCAGGAAGUCUAACAACCCUUCGUUCAAAUUCAUUCAGCGGUGUUUCAGCUGGCUAUCUCUACAUGCAGUCCAAUUCCAUUGCUGUCAUUGAAGAAGAAGCAUUCACUGGCUCUGUUAGUCAUGAUUUUCACUUGGAGAGCAACCAGAUUAAUGAUAUUCAGGGCAAGAUGUUUGGGGAUGGUACAACCAUUACAGAUUUGUAUCUACACAACAAUAUGAUUUCCUCACUUCCUGGCGACACAUUUGAUGGAGCAACUAUUACCACACUUUCAUUGUACAACAACCUCAUCACGGCUUACCCAGCCAAGGCAUUGUCCAGUCAGAAUCUCAUCAGUAUUCAGUUGAAUGAUAACCAGAUUGGGACGAUUCCUGACAAUGCGUUUGAAGGACAGAGCAGUGUAGAGACAUUGAACUUACAAAAUAACAGGUUGACUGAUAUCCCAACUGGUAUCCUGGCACCGUUAACCAGCUUGAAAUAUCUAUAUCUGAGCCAGAAUAACAUAAAUGGAGUAGCUGAAAAUAUUUUUGAUGGCUUGGCAAACCUGCAGAUAGUAGACAUUUCUAAUAAUGAGAUUACCCACUGGCCCCAAAUGCCUCACCUGCCUGACCUUCGGCAACUAGAUAUUUCAGACAACCAGAUUGCAACCAUCGGCCAAUAUGCCUUUAACAUGCUUGAUGUCCGUGUCUUCACCUCUUUAAAUCUUGCUAACAACCCUCUAGGAUGCACCUGCAACCUGUAUCUCUCUCUUCAAUUGUACAAUGCUUCCAUCACUGGUGGUGCAUGUACGACACCUAACGAGACAGCAGGUGUAACAUUUACCUAUGCCAACCAACUACUUCCAACUUACUUUCUAAAUGCACAACCAGAGCUUUUUCAAUGUGCUCCAUUUAAUGUGACAGCAACAGUGCCAGAGAUGCAAGAGAUACAGGUGGAUUGGACGGCACCUGCUAGGCAGUAUCCAGGGAGUCAAAAUGCCAUGGAUGACUGGAUUUUCGAUUUGACAUGCACCAGCAGCUCUGCACCCAAUUUGUUUCACAAUACGACCAACACCAGCCAUUUAUUCACUGCUGAAGACAGCGUAUCAAGUGGUGCUGAUUAUAUUUGCUAUGUGACUCUAACUGUGGGAAACUAUACUAGUGCACCUGAUGAAUAUGUCCCGGUAACUACACUGGAGAAUGUUGCUGAAACUAAUACCACUGUGACAACAGGGGACGAUAUUCACCUGAAUGUCAUCUACUAUGACUUCAGUGUCAGUCACCCAGACUUUACUUCUGUUGGUAAAAGCGUCAUCAGUCGUCCAAGUUACGUCCUCUCGCCUUACGGUGCCUGGCUAGCUAUCUCAGAUAAUCCUACAGGUGACUCUUUCUCACGUUGGUUUCGUCAUGACACCUCCUUGAACUAUGCCAUUGAGUCUCAGUUGGUCUUGGAGUGGCUUAAUUCCUCAGGUCUAGAGAACAGUAGCAACAGGUUCUGGUCGGACGCAUUCUACCCUGUGGAUGGUCUUGGCUUUGCUUCAGAAGGACAGAGGGACUGUGACUUUAUUCUUCAUAACUUUGGCUUCACAAGUGCAAUAAGAACUGGGAUUAUGUUCAAUGGGACUGAGAUCAUAACGGUUGGCGGCGGGGAUGAAAUCUGGGUGUAUGUCAACAAGGUCUUGGUCUUAGAGGUCCAUGGUGAUUCCUCAAGCAAUCCUGUCAGGUGUAAGAAAAUAACCCUGGCAUCGGCAGCUAGUGAAGGUGGAAGUUACCUUACACCGGAGGAGGGAACUAUUGUGAAUGGAGGUUGUCAAAUAUCGGACUCAGUCCUGGAUGAGAGGGUCUUCCUUGAGCUUCAGAUUGGUGAAUCCUACCACUUUGAUAUCUUUCACACCGAGCGUAAUCCUUGUUCCUCCGAGUUUUUCCUGGAGAUUCAAGGCAUGGACUUCCUUCCGUCUGACCCAGACAACCCUCCGGUUGACUACGCUGUCACUGUGGAGGAAGAUUUACACCUCAAUGCCAUUUUAGAAUCCAUCUGGGUGGCAGAUGCCUUCUCUACUGGACCAAACUACCAAGUCACUAUUGCAAGUGGCAAUGAAGCAAGACACUUCACCCUAAAAAACAACACAGCAGACAAUCUAUCAGCAGGUGUAGCACCAACUACAACACCAUCACCUGCUACUCAUUCUGUGAAUGGUACAGACUUCAUCAUCUGUGACUCUGAAGCAGUAAUUGUGCCAGAACCAAAUGAAGAAGCAGCACAGACCUUUGAUGUUCAUUCUGACAGAGCUCUGUUGACUCUGGCAACGGAACUUGAUUACGAAGUAGCAAUGUCGUACCUACUUCAAAUUAACGUAAUUGAUGUUAAUGCAAGCCCACAACAUGAAGGCACACUCACAGUGAAG